AUGCGGGCGAUUGACAUGGCUAAAGGGACUAUGUCUGGGCCGCAAUCCGCUUUCCUAACUUCUGAUGUUGUUAUUCAGCUGGACCGCAUCAUCGCAGCGACGCGUCCGCUGGAACAUGUGUGGCAUCAGCUGCAUCCGCUCGGUCACGUAAGACUGGCUAUCAACGAUCUGUCCCCAGAUGGCGCGCAGCCAUUCCACGAUGAGGAAGACACCGUGCAUGCUGUUGUCAACGGCGAGCUCUACGACUUCGACUCAUUACGUACAUCCCUGGUCGAGAAGACAAAUUAUUCCUUCAAAGGCCACAGCGAUUGCGAGAUUGUAAUCGCGCUGUACAAAUACUACGGGUUAUCGUUUCUGUCCAAGCUGCGCGGAGAAUUCGCGCUCUGCAUCUAUGACGCACGAACACAGACUUUCAUUGCAGCAAGAGAUCGCUAUGGCAUUAAGCCGUUGUUCUACACUUUUAUAGAAGUCAAACUGCUAGUUGCUGCUGAAGCGAAAGCUUUCUUGCCGCUGGGAUGGGAACCGGAGUGGGACGUUGCGAGCUUGAAAGAGGCGGGGUGGAAUCAUGAUGCGAGGACUAUCUUUAAAGGCGUGAAAAAAUUGCGGCCCGGCCACUAUAUCAUCUGCCAAUCCUUCGACAGCACAGAGUCGCGUGCGUAUUGGGACAUGGAAUACCCGCUCAAGACUCAAUCAGAUCCACGAUCCAACGAAGAAAUGAUUGAAGGUGUGAGAUCCCAGAUGUUGGAAGCCAUACGCAUUCGACUCCGAGCCGACGUUCCGGUCGGCGUCUACCUCAGUGGCGGCAUCGACUCAUCAGUGAUUGCCGGUAUGGUGACGCACCUCGUCAAAGAGCAAGGAGAACGCAUGGGCAACGACAACGAGACAGAGCGCGUCAGUUGCUUCAGUAUCGCAUUCGAUGAAAACAGCGGCUUUGACGAGUCUGCCAUAGCGAAUAGAACAGCAGAUUACCUAGGUGUAAAGUACUACAAGAAGCACAUGAACGAGGCAGAACUUGCCGCACGUUUUGAAGAUGCCACCUGGCACUGCGAACACCACAAUCCGGACUUGAAUUAUGUUGGAAAAUAUGCUCUGUCUGAGGUACCGCAAGAGCUGGGCUUCAAGGUAGUUCUCACUGGGGAGGGUGCAGACGAACAAUUUGGUGGCUAUCCGAUGUAUUUACCUGACUAUCUUCGCGAGCAAGACCUCGCAUACUCGAACCCGCUACCGGAGGAAACGCGAAAAACACAGUGUAUCAAGACCGAAGAGGAGAAUCGCGCUUACUACAACUCUAUCGGUGCCGAUGGUUCCGAUCGUGGACAAUCGCUGCCUCGACGUAUGCUGAACGAUAUCACGACCGUGUCGUCAAUGGCAGCUUUCUCCCCGGACACGCUCUUUGCAGACUGGACGAAGUGCUACGCAACCUGCGAUCCACAGCUCACAAGCGCGCACUCGAUAGAUGGGCGCGCUAGAGACAAGAUCAUGUCCGAGUGGCAUCCGCUUCACUCAGCAUUGUAUGUCUGGCAGAAAGGCCAUCUUUCCAACAUUUUUCUCUCAUGCCUGGGUGACAGGACGGAAAUGGCUCACUCGAUCGAGGCUCGGACGCCCUUUUUAGAUCACCAUCUGACUGAGUACGUGAACGCUCUGCCACCGAGUGUCAAAAUAAGAUGGGAUAGUGAGGAACAAAGGUUUACCGAGAAGUGGAUUUUGAGGGAGGCGAGUAAGCCAUUCAUCACGGAUGAGUUGUACAAGAGGAAGAAACACCCAUACUCUGCGCCGACAACUUAUCCGGAGAAUGGCCCAUUGCACAAGUUGCUUUCUGGACUGCUGACCAGAGAAAGAGUAAAGAGACUUGGAUUCAUCGCGUGGGACAAGGUCGAAGGGCUGGUUGAGAAAGCUUUCAAAUUGAAGAACGCUAAUGCCAUGCGCUUCGCAUUUACUGUUGCGCAAUGGGUCGUUAUUGGAGAGCGAUUCAUGGUCAAAAGAGCAGAAGUGCCGUUAUCGCGAUAA